AUGGAAGCCAUGUUCAUCAUGCUAUUGUUAUCAAAGAUUAUGUGCGCAACCUGCGGUCGUGAUCUCAGAGAGAAGGAUGGUCGUGCUGGGCAGCGAAAAGAAGCUGCAACAGCGAAUGUAUCGAUGAUCCAUCAUGUGCCAGAACUCAUCGUUUCGGAUGAUUUAGCGACAGAAUUGGGUUCAGCAGACUUGAAGAAUGUCUUAAACUCCCGUAAACUAGUGUUGCUGGUCGACCUCGAUCAAACCAUAAUUCACACGACAAAUCGCCCAUUCAAAGUUGAUCCCAAAGUGCACGGCGAUAUCCACACUUACAAGAUGUUCGGCACGGAAUACCACACAAAACUAAGGCCGUAUACGCAUGAGUUUCUCGAACAUAUGAGUGCACUAUACGAAAUGCACAUCAUAACCUAUGGACAACGACAAUACGCUCACAAAAUCGCUGAGGUUUGGAUUCUCUGCAAGAUACUAUUCGCCCAGCGAAUCUUAUCAAGAGACGAGCUGUUCUCGGCCCAACACAAAACUCGAAAUUUGAGAGCACUUUUCCCUUGUGGAGACCAACUGAUUGCAAUUAUUGAUGAUCGCGCUGAUGUUUGGCAAUUUUCAGAGGCUCUUAUUCAGGUGAAACCGUACAGAUUUUUCAAGGAAGUGGGCGAUAUUAAUGCACCGGCUGGAGCAGGAAAGGAUUGUGUUCUCCCUGCUAUUGACAUCGAACACGACGCAGAGCAUGACCGUACUCUUGAACACAUUGAAAGGAUGCUCACCGAUGUGCACGCGAAUUUUUAUCAAUACUAUGACAAAACAAAAGAGAUAAGAGAUGUCAAGGUCGUGAUAAGUUACAUCAAGAAGCAAGUGUUGCGUGGUCUUGUUAUUGUGCUCUCCGGCGUGGUUCCCCUCGGAAUGAACACUGAGCUCUCUGAGGCAUAUCGUCUGUGCGUUCAGUUUGGAGCCACGGUUGACGAAAAGGAGUUCGAAUUGACGAAAGACUCUAAACCUCCCGAAGAUCGACCCUUAGGCAGCAGAAUUAUUCCAGAACUUACAAGUAUUGAUGCGAUGAAAAAAGAAACAAUAGCGGCUAUGGAACAUGAGGUUGACGAGGUUUUAUCGGAAGGCGAUGAUUCGGACGAAGAAGUAGAAGAAAAGUUGAAAAGGAGGCUGAAUGGUGGUGAUGGAAGUGGUGAUGAAGAUGACGAGGUGGAGAAGGAACUAGCCAUGAAACGUGCUCGAUGGGAACGUGAAGGGAAUUUCGAAACACCUGAAGAAGAGGAUUCCGUGGAAGACGGCGAUUCUGAUGAGGAAGAACAUUUCUGUGAGAUCAGCUACGAAGAAACCACAAAGGAUGACGAAACAAACGGUACAGAUAAUGGUCCGGAAAUCCCGGACGAGGAAGAGACUCGCGACAUCCAGUAUGAUGACGAGGAAGAUGAAGAGAUUGAGGAUAUGGCGGCUUUGAUUGAGCGACAAGUUUCGCAUGAUGCGUAA